AUGGUACUCUCGAGCGCUGUGCCGAUGCCACCCUCGCGAGCUGGAUCGCCGGAACAAGAGCUCCGCCGCUCGGCGGUACCUCGGACUUCGUUCUCCGCUCCUCGGGGCAUCGCAAUCGGAACGGUGGCGCACCAGCACGGUACGAAUGAUGACCCUGCAUUGGUACCACUGCCUCCGUCACCCGAAGAGGCGGGAUCAUCUCCGUUCCUUCCUUCGAAUCGACCUUUUCGGUCACGGAGACCGAGCCCUACGGGACCGAUCGUGAUUCCUCCGCGUGCGGUUUUGCAGGAGCCGUACUACGUCACGCCCUCUCCCAUCCCCAGCGUAUCGACAUCCAGCUCGAUCUGGCCACCUCCACCCCCAGCGUCGCAACCGCGUGGACCCCGUCUGGACGUGCCUGUCUCGAGUGUGCCUUUCAAUCCAGGAUGGACGACACCUUUUCCUUCCGUCCAACUGGAAGCCUCGCCUCCGCGACCGAAACGACCUGCAAGACCUGACGAAGCCUUGAUGUUUGCUUCGCCACUCCCUUUUCCUGGCUACGAGCAGCUGAUGCAAUCACCGACUUCGGACACCACCGCCGUCCACGGCGGGAUCCGCGAGCGCGUUGACCUCUCCACAUUUCUGCACGAAACGACGCACGCUGCCUCCCCAUCGGUGGCUGCUCGAUCUCCCAUCUCCCCCAUUAGCUCGACGCACUCGUUCGGUCGGGUAUCGCCAUCGAAGCGUCGAAAACCUGUGCCCAAAUACGAAUCUUCGCCCGUGCGCCGAGGUCCAGCUUCACCCAGGGGCGCUCCGCCACCGACGUCGCCGGCUCGUAGUGCGAGGGGUCAGGGAAUUCCAGCGACACCGAAUAGACUCAGCAUUGGAGGAUUCGAAGCUCUUCUCGCGCGUGGAGUACCUCCUGUCUCCUCAUUCGUGGGCGCCGGGCGUAAACGAGGACUGGGGGAUGUCGACGAGGAAGAUCUCGCGGCGCCGCGACACCGUAGCGCAUUCGCGACCGAUGAGUCGCCCAAGGACGGCAAGCGAAGGGCUACUUUUCACGGGGAUGGCAUCGGGUUCGAAAUGGACCCUGACGAUAAUACAAAUACGCAUACUUCGGGGCUGAUAGGGUCGCGCAAGACUGACAACAAGACCUUUUCGUGGUCCGAAAAGCUGCGACAAAGUCCCUGGAUUCCCGCAUGGACGGCUCGGAAAGACACAACCGGUCGACGGGCUUCUCGCGAGAAUGUUUCCCGUGACGUCGGCAUCGCCCCCGUUUUGGCCACGAGCGACAACCCCGGCUCAAUACAAGUCAUCUCUCACAACACAUGGAAAAAACAAGCACCUUCGACAGCAGCCAAGGUGAACCGCAACUUUGUCUCGCUACCACUGCACAACACGCCGCAACAAAGUGGUGGCAUGAGACGUCGAAGCAGUGCUGUACAUCGAGAAGAAGAAAAAGCCAACAAGGGCCUGGGAGAGGUGAUCGUGAUGCCGGGCUCGUGGGAAAACGAGAGUAUCUACGCUCCCGAGCCGCAACGCGAGCUAAUUCUGCAUCCUAUGCGGAUCAAGAUGAGCGCACUCGACUAUCGAAACCGACUUAUGCGACUAGUCUAUCUCUUUUACUCGCUGCUCAUCGUAUUCCCCAUUCCAGCGACCCUCUUCCUCGACUACAACGUCAUCUACGCGCUCGUGCAGAUUGCCCUGUCGCCUUCCUUACCGACUGCGUCCGUUUUGACUCGACGGGAUCUCGUCGGUGUGCCUACGCUAAGGUCGAGCACUCCCUGGUGGAUUGCGACGGGACUAUACGCGGGGUGCACUAUGCUCUGGAUUUUUGUCGUAUGCAUCUGGUUGGGCUUUGUUCGGGGAUACGUGCGGCACUGGCACAGGGGUGAUGUGGCGAUCACCAAAGUGUAUCAAAACUUGACGUGAGUGAUGCGUUUUUCAGGCGAUGUAGGACGGCGCUAAUGAACUGACUACCCCCAUUCAACAGCUCCUUCCACUCUGCAUCUUUAUCAUCCUUCUCGACCUUCUCGAUGUUGUGGCGUGUUCGUCUCGCCCCAUUGCUGCGCUCGAGUAUCUUGUCCAAGUCGGUCGUGGGGAAUCGGCGAUCGGAUUGGUUCAUUGAGACGUGCCACUACUACCGUCAAGGUGAGCAUCGCUGUUCCAUCGAACACCUGGAAGGUAUGGAGCUGACCUGAGUAUCGCUCGUCGACCUAGGCUGGCCGACACUCUUGCUUCUGGCACCGAGAGCCGGACUCUCGCUGGCGCUCCUCCUCCUUUUCGGCACGACGGCAUACGGCUCUGCGAGCGCAGUAGCUUCGAGUCGAGACACGGCCUACUUCAACCGUGAUGGAACAUUGACUUCAUUCUCGGUCGGAUUCCUGAUGGCGUAAGUUCACAGUUCUUCUCACAUUCGAUAGCUCGAGAACGAAAUUUGACCUCUCGCCAAUCUGUCUACAGUAACCUCGUUUGGGCCGCCUGGCACCUACUCUUGUGGUCCCUAGCCGUCGUCGGCAUUGGCCUCUACAAGCUCUUCCCGUCGUCGUCGCAUCCUUUCACGGCGGCCUCCGACUCAUCUCUCCUGGACCUCACUCGUACGGUAUCGUCCGACUCGGGCCAGCCCUCCGAUUGGCGCUCUCGACGGGACCGGCGAUUGCGCGCAGCGAUCUUGUUGUGCCUCCCCCGCUCGAGUCGAUCGUUCUCAUCACUUUCUGCAAGGCAUACCUCCGAAUCCAAGGGCGGGCCCUUUCAUGCCAAGUCCAUUUCGUCACCCGAGUUGCUCCAAGCGCCUCCCCGACCCGCACCGCUUGGACUCGCUCCCCAAAGUGUCCGUGUGGCGAAGCGCGACGAACGAGCUGGAUCCACAGCUGGGAAGGAGAAGGAGAACCGUACGAUGCAUAUGGACGCCACGCAGAGGCAAAAGAUGGCUGACCUGGAUUACGAGCGUCGUAAGCUCGCGCGUGACGAUGCUGCGGCGACACUGUCGGGUCAGCAGCCCAUGGCUUCCUCGCCUCCUGGCGUGCGUUUCCCUUACGUCCUUCCCACACCUCGCAUCAGCGAGACGCCUUUCAUGAGCCGCGAGAUGAAUACAUUCAGCGACGAAGCUGUUCGCGUCCCGUUGCCCGAAACGAGUCCAGAGCCAACGACGAGGGGCAUCUCGAGCCCUCUUGGCCUGGUCAGCCCUUCGACGCGACAAAGACGGUUCGCUGCGCGAUCGCCGGCCGCUCCCCAGCUGCGACUCGACCUCAGUGCUGUGGCGGAUGAGUCGAACCUUCUCCGCCCUCCACUCAAAUCGCACUUUUCUCUCGCCUCGGACCUGACGGGCGUCGCCAAAACCUCUUCACCUACGACCCCGGGUGGUGUGGACUUUUUCACAGGGCCUCCGGCGACGAUGCGACUCGCCGAGUCGGAAGCGACCCGACCCUCGGCAGGUUAGUCCCACCCUCACCGUUCGCAUUGCACUCCCCUCCCUCUUUUCCUUCCUCGGCCACUGACCCAGCGACGUCCCCGAUCGACGUCUCCCGCACCCCCAACCUCAGCGGUGUUGGCGAGGGAGAAGACUGGAAUGCCGCAGCAGCGACGACGAUGCACGUUCGGGAACUACAAGCGACGCGCAACCUGACGGACACGGUUAUUGAGCGUCGACGCAUCUCCGAGCGCCUGCUCCUAGAAGUGCAAAGGCUCGGCGAGGCGGAGGAAGCUGUCCGACGCGAGGAGCGUCGACUUGCGUCGUUGAGGCGUAUCGGCGAGGUUUCGUCGGCGGGGAUCAUGCAGACUGGCCUCGGGGUUACGAUUCAAUCCCCUUCCAUCGCUAGUACCCGAGAUGCGUCAUCACCCGUGCAGCAAGAACGAUCGCCGGCCCUACCAUUCACUCCGCAACUUGGUUCUCUCGAGGUUACGCCUCGCAUGUCGGAGAUGGCGUCAAACAAUGAUCCUUCUCAAGCGCUGCUCCCGCCGUUUCGUUUUUCCUAUAGCUCCCCCGAUACGACUCAAGCCGGUCUAGCGAUCGACACGGACCCGGACCCUGGACCUGCAACAGGUGACGACUCGUCCAGGUCUCUGAACCCCGCCGCGGCACUCUUGACGACGGCGACGAUCAGCGAAGCCAAGCCGGUGUAG